UCGCUUGCGACGUCGCUGCCAGCAAGAUCCCGAGCAAGAUCCUGAGCACAGAGAAGUCGACCGUCCAAGUGCCGAAAUGGGAUAUAUAUAUCCUUUGUCACCAGUCCCAGCCGCAGUUAUGGUCUGUACGGCAAGAACCUCCUCUUCCACCUCUCUCAGUCACAGGAGAUCAGUAUCGUCGUUACUAGUAUUCAUUUCAAAUCGCCAUCGAUUUCAGUCCUUUGGGAGCCAUGAUUUUCUCGUCUGCAACGCCUGAAGAUACAUCAAAUGUCCAUGAAAGAGACGAUGGAGACGGCGGAGACGGCGAAAAUCAAACCCUUACUACGCAGCCGGAAGAAGAGCAUGUCUAUCCCCAAGGCCUAGCAUUGGUUUUGAUCAUUGCAUCGGUUUUGUUGUCAGUCUUCUUUGUUGCUCUGGACCGAACGGUUUUAUCGGUUGCUAUACCUAAAAUCACCGACCGGUUCCAUUCGCUCGACGAUGUCGGCUGGUAUGGAAGUUCUUACUUACUUACCAACUGUUCAAGCCAGUUGCUCUUCGGACGAAUCUACAAGUUCUACAAUACCAAAUGGGUCGUUGUCAACUGUAUUGUGAUCUUUGAGCUCGGCUCUGCCCUCUGCGGCGCGGCUCCCAGUUCUGUGUGCUUCAUCAUCGGACGCGCUAUAGCUGGUCUGGGCUCUGCAGGGAUAUUUGCAGGAGGUAUGAUGACCAUAUACUACGCCGUACCUCUCGGCAAACGACCCGUAUACACUGGGCUAUUCGGAGCCACCUUUGGCGUCGCAUCCGUGAUUGGUCCUUUAAUAGGUGGUGUGCUUACCGAUAAGUUGACUUGGAGAUGGUGCUUCUUCCUGAACCUCCCUAUCGGCGGCGCCGCUCUCGCUAUCAUUGUACUCAUCCUCAAGCUUCCUGACCCCACGGGCGAAAAGCUGCCACUACGCCAACAGCUGGUCCAACUCGAUCCCCUUGGUACCGCCGUAUUCUUACCCAGCAUGGUCUGCCUGAUUCUGGCUCUGCAAUGGGGCGGUACCACUUACGCAUGGUCAUCAUGGCGCAUGAUACUUCUUCUCACGCUAUUCUCUGUCCUCAUCGUCAUCUUCGCAGCAACACAGGCCCUAAAGGGCGAUUCCGGAACCCUUCCACCACGCAUUCUGUUCCAGCGUAGCAUUGCCGGAGGAGCAUACUUCACAUUCUGCGUAUCCGCCGGAUGGUUAUUGAUCAUUCAAUACUUACCGAUCUGGUUCCAAGCCAUCAAAGGAACAUCUGCGCUCGACGCCGGAAUCCAUUUCAUCCCAACGGUCCUGGCCCUCGUACUAGCAGGCAUUCUGGGCGGGAAAUCCACCCAAGCAAUCGGAUACUAUGUUCCAGUCAUGUUUCUCGGCCCCGCUCUCGCCAGUGUUGGAAGUGGUAUGCUUUCCACCCUGAAGCAAAACUCAGGACAUGCUAUGUGGAUCGGUUACCAAGUGAUUGUUGGCUUGGGACUUGGAAUCGGGAUGCAAGUCUCCGGCUUAGCCGCUCAAGCGGUCUUACCCCAAGAGGAUGUUUCGAUCGGCACGGCCAUCAUGAUGUUCUCUCAGCAACUUGGAGGCGCGAUUUUCGUGUCCGUUGGCCAGAACGUCUUUUUCAACGAUUUGAUCUCCACCCUCUCAGAUAUCCCGGGCCUGGACACAGCGAUUAUCCUCAAUACCGGCGCCACUGAUCUCCAAAAGACGAUUCCCGCUCGGUAUUUGACCCAGGUUUUGGCCAAGUAUAACCAUGCCUUGACCAGAACUUUUAUUAUCUCCACCGGGAUGCUGGCGGCGAGUAUUCUUGGAUCUUGCUUCAUGGAAUGGAAGAAUAUCAAGACAAGUAAGAAGCCAACCGGUGGUCCUGCUGCUAGGGAGACGGUGGACCUGAAGAAGAAGAAGGGAGAGACAGGUGACAAGGAGAAAGCAGUCCAGGAAAGCAAAGCCGAGACUCAUGUUGUUUGAGUACGCACUCACCUCAACUACCGUAAGGAAGUGGAAAGGGAGAGUUGUGAAAUCUUGUUACACUGGGCAUCUAUCAACGCAUCCUGCCAUUGCCCAUUCAUUUUCGUUCUCUGGUGGAGAAUUACCAUUUAAUAAAGA